AUGUCAGACACUGCAGAAGAAAACCCCCUCUUUGCAAUCGAAUGCGAGUCCUCAACCGAUUCCUCCUCCAUCCCCGAAACCACUCAAAAAGUCCCCCGUGAUUUCCAAUCCGAAGAAUCUUUCCAAACCGUAAAACGUGAAUGGAAAGCCAGAAUUGAAUGUGGUGAAAUCCAUAAAACUCUCCCACCUCUUCCUUUAAAUCCACGCAGUAAACCACAAACAGCACAGUUUUUAUAUGCGGUUGAAGAAUUAUAUUUUUAUAGGAGGUAUGAGGAGGCGUUAAGGUUGGUGGAGGGGGUAUUGAGACAGGAGGAUUUAAUGGAGGAUUUUAGGGGGAUGGUGGAAAGAUAUGGGAGGAGGUGUGAGGGGAGGUUAAGGGAGGGGGAGAAACUGGGGAGGGAGGAGAGGUUAGAUGGCGAGAAGGAUGGGGGGAGGAAGGAGGUAGUGGGUUGUUGA